GGGAGACCCAAUUCUGAUGUGCCUCCGCGGUAAUUUACAACUCAACAUUCGUUAGUUUCGGCUCUCAGAUCUAGAAAUUUGUUCGCACCUAUUUUGACCAUCCAACCGAUAUUGGGUCGUCAGUUCCGGUGAAUCAAACGUGCUUGGAUAUUUUCUACUACUUCCUAUCUGAUCUCGAGAAAUGAAAUCCAGUUUACUGCCUUGCUUGCGAGAAGUGGACGAAAACGAAGAAGGGUGCCUUCAAGAUAGGGCAAAAGGAUGUAGUCCCACUUCGGCUUGUGAUCCUCUUCGCAGACUACAUCGUUAUUUGAUGCUAUUUUUUAUUCCCUUUCUUUCUUUCGGAACCUAUUUUUGUUACGACUGCCCAGCUGCCCUGCAAGAUGUGACAAAGCGUGAUUUACGCCUUACGGAAACAGAAUUCCUGAAUCUUUAUUCAUUAUACUCUUGGCCAAAUGUAAUUUUAGGCUUUGUUGGCGGUUUUCUCAUUGAUCGUGUGUUUGGAAUUUCUUUGGGAGCCAUCAUUUUUUCGCUGUUUGUUCUGGUCGGCCAACUAAUCACCGGAGCUGGAGCCUUGAUGAACAACAUCGGCCUCAUGUAUUUCGCUAGAUUCGUUUUUGGUAUUGGAGGUGAAUCACUCUUUGUCGCCCAAAACACUUAUGCUACUACAUGGUUUCCUUCCAGUGAAUUGGAUUUCGUUUUUGGGCUACAGUUGAGUUUAUCCGCUACCGCGUCCACAAUCAGCAUAAACACAUUGCAGACGUUGUACAGGAGCAUUGGUAAAACCUUCGGUAUUAGAGGUUAUGUUCGCCUGGGAGCUACCUUGAUAGUCUCGGCUGUGACUUGUCUCUAUUCUACUGGAUGCGCCCUGAUUUUGGCUUUCUUUACAAAACGAGCCAGACGCAUCCGGGCAGCGCACAAAGCCUACCUCGCGGCAAAUAAUUCAUCAGGACGCAGUGAUGUGACUUCGGACUCUGAACAAGCCCCUCGUGUCUCUUUGAGAAAUAUUAUUCACUUCCCCGGAGGAGUUUGGCUCCUCUGUGUAAUUUGCGUUUCGUACUACGUCACCAUCCUCCCGUUCGUUGGUCUCGGGCUGGUCUUUUUUACACGUAGAUUUUAUCUAUCUGUUGAAGACGCUUCCGUUGUCAACAGUAUGGUCUACAUCGUGUCCGCUGUUACCGGUCCCCUGUUUGGCGCCGUAAUCAGUUUCACCGGAUGCAGUUUACACUGGCUCUUGUUUAGUGUGCUGCUCACUCUGCUGUGCCAUUUGUGUUUUGCGUUCGCCGACCACACUAUGCCCCCAAUAGUCAUCAUGAUUCUCAUGGGUUUGGCCUACUCUAUACUGGCUACCUGUCUUUGGUCAAUGGUUGCCUAUCUGUUGCCGGUUUACAAACAGGGCACUGCCUACGGUCUGAUUCAGUCUGUCCAAAAUUUUGGAUUGGCUGUCGUGUCAUUGUUCGCUGGCUUUCUGGUCGACAAUAAGGGUUACCUUAUACUGGAACUCUUUUUCAUCAUGUGUCUCGGCUUCUGUCUGGCUAUGGUCUUUGUGAUGUACGCUUGGGACGAGAAGCAUGGCCAUUUGUUGAAUGAAACUGGCAGAAGUCGACGCGCACAUCAGAAGACGGAAUCUGAACAGACCCAACUGGAGACUAAUGCGAACGAGACUGAUUCGCUGCGAUCUCAAUGAUGAACACAGAAAUCCUCUUCUCGCUCGACAGCUGUCUUAGGUUCUAGUUCCACCCGGUUUCAUGUGCUACAGCUAUGGGUAUCUGCGGACUAGAACAGGCUCCCAUGUCCUUUUUGUACUGUCUUUCAUAGUUUUUCCAAUGCAUUGUCAUCUGCAUUCGAUAUAAACAUUUAUUACCUUCCUCC